CCCCGCCGGCCGCAGAUCACACCGCACGAAGAAGAAUACAAGUCACGCACUGCAUGCUUAGCUGCACUCUGCACCAGAAAUCCAGAAUCUCCUCCUAGCUAGCUCAUUGAUCGCCAUGGCGCAGGCGGAGAGCGAGCGCAUGCGCGUGGUCAUGUUCCCGUGGCUGGCGCACGGCCACAUCAGCCCGUACCUCGAGCUGGCCAAGCGCCUCGUCGCCAGCGCCUCCGACAACCACCUAAACGUCGUCGUCCACCUCCUCUCCACGCCGGUCAACCUCGCGUCGCUCGCACAUCACCAGACGGACAGGAUCAAGCUCGUUGAGCUCCACCUGCCGGUGCUCCCUGACCUCCCGCCCGUGCUGCACACCACCAAGGGCCUCCCGGCCCGCCUCAUGCCGGUCCUCAAGCGCGCCUGCGACCUCGCCGCGGCACGCUUCGGCGCGCUCCUCGAUGACCUCCGCCCGGACAUCCUCGUCUACGACUUCAUCCAGCCGUGGGCGCCGCUCGAGGCCGAGGCGCGCGGCGUGCCGGCUGUCCACUUCGCCACCUGCGGCGCCGCUGCGAAGGCGUUCUUUGCCCACUGCCUGAAGACGGACCGGCACCCCAGCGCCUUCCCGUUCGAGACCAUCAGCCUCGGCGGCGUCGACGAGGAUGCCAAGUACACGGCGAUGCUCGCCGCCCACCAAGACAGCACCGCGCUGGUUCCCGAGCGCGACCGCGUACCGCUCAGCCUGGAGCGCUCGUCCGGGUUCGUGGCCAUCAAGUCCUGCGCCGACAUCGAGGGUAAGUACAUGGACUAUCUGUCGCAGCUCUUGGGCAAGGAGAUCGUCCCCACCGGCCCGUUACUCGUCGACUCCGGUGGAUCGGAGGAGGAGCACGAUGGCGGCCGCAUCAUGCGGUGGCUGGACGGCAAGGAGCCGGGCACCGUGCUGCUCGUAUCGUUCGGCAGUGAGUACUUCAUGUCGGAGCGCCAGAUGGCCCAGGUGGCUCGCGGGCUGGAGCUCAGUGGGGUCCCCUUCCUGUGGGUGGUUCGGUUUCCGAACGCAGAGGACGACGCCCGCGGCGCGGCGAGGUCCAUGCCGCCGGGGUUCGCGCCGGCGCGCGGGCUGGUGGUGGAAGGGUGGGCGCCGCAGCGGCGCAUCCUGUCGCACCCUUCCUGCGGCGCAUUCCUGACCCACUGCGGGUGGAGCUCGGUGCUGGAGUCGAUGGCGGCGGGGGUGCCUAUGGUGGCGCUGCCGCUGCACAUUGACCAGCCGCUGAACGCCAACCUCGCGCUGGAGGUGGGCGCAGCGGCCGCGCGCGUGAAGCAGGAGCAGUUCGGGGAGUUCCAGGCGGAGGAAUUGGCGGAGGCAGUCCGCGUGGCCGUGACCGGGGAAGAAGGUCUGGCGGCGAGGCACCGUGCGAGGGAGCUGCGGGAGGUGGUGGCGCGGAACAACAGCGACGACCGGCAGAUCGGGAGGCUGAUCCAGAGGAUGGCGCAGCUCUGUGGCAAGGGUCAGACCAUGCCAAAUUAGCAAAGCCCUGCCAAAUUAGUGAGCUUUUAAAGGCCGGUCUAUGGGUGUAUCUACGUCCUAUAUAAAAAUAAUUCUUUAUAUAAUUUUUUCUGUGAAGCUAGCACAACAGUCCUUGGCAAUUUCAGACUUGCUCAAACACCAGAAGAUGGCAGUACAAUCAGAGUGUGGACUUUGUGGCUCUGAAGAUUCCUGGCGGCAUUCUUUGAUGGUACGCCGCGUUUGGGCAUUAUAGGAUAUAUGGUGGAGGUUAUGAUGCAGUGUAAAGAGCUACUCCCUCUGUUCCGAAUUACUUGUCUUAGAUUUGUAUAGAUACGGAUGUAUCUAGCAUUAAAAUGAGUCUAGAUACAUUCGUAUCUAGACAAAUCUAAGACAAGUAAUUCGGAACGGAGGGAGUAGAUGCAAAAUGCUUCAUUUUCUCAUUGAUGGUGUCUAUACCGCAUGAGGAUUUCAUCAAGAUACUUGUAACACUAUGGGAAAGGCUACCCAUGAGCAUGUAUUUCAGGGGGCCAUUUUGUCAGGAAUUAUCUAAGGGAGCUUCAGAUUUGCAAACCCUUAAA